AUGGGAGGAGCCACGCCCCUGGUGCGGCCCCUGGUAUCUUGCCUCUCACUCGCCUGCCUUCCCCCCUCCCCCUCCUCUCCCUAACCUCAGGUUUGUGAACAACGUGCUGAGCACAGGACAGACGGUCUACCUGCGCAAGAUGGGGGGAGCUACGAUGCCAGCAGCAGCAGCAGGGGUGGUGGGGGCAGAUGGGGUCAUUGACGUGGGGCUUGUGGAGCCCUCUGCACCGCCCAGCACCACUGCGUCUGCUGUGUCUGCUGCUGUGGCGGCACCAACAGUGACGGCCCCGUCUGCUGGGACUGCUCCCAUGGGGCUGAGCAAGGAGGAGGAGGAGAAGGAGAGGGCCCGCGCUGAAAGGUUCCGGAAACGCAAGGAGGCAGAGGCAGCAAAGCGGGCGGGGAGGACGGUGGGGGAUGAUGGGGGAGCAGCUGCAGCAGUCAAUGUGGAUGACAAGGACAGGGAACGGGCAGAGAGGUGA